AUGGAUUGUCUGCCAAUCUCUGGAUUUGUCAAAGCUUGUUAUAGUGGAUCUCGUUAUAGUGGAAAUCAUGUGGUUUUAUGGCAAUCUUUUACAUUAAUGGUGACAUUUAGAUUGCCAAAACAAGACAAAUUAAUUGUCACCUAUAAUUUAAUGAAAUCACAAGCUGGUAAUAUAAUAAAAGAGAAGGAUAAAUGGACAUCUAUUAAUACCUCAAAUGUAAAAUUUAGCAAUUUAAAAAGAGAAAGAGGUGCUAGAUUUCCUGAGGUUGAAGCUGCAUUGUAUUUAUGGAUGAGUCAAGCUUUGGCAUUAAAUUUAGCUAUUAAUGGGGAUAUAUUAAAAAGCAAAGCAACACAUUUUGCUGAGAGAUUACAAGUAACAAGUUUUGCAGGUGAAGCAAAUAGUGCACCUUUAGAAACACUAAAUGAUGAAAGAGCGAUUUUACAAGAAGUUAUUGGGGAAUAUGAUCUUUGUGAUGUCUAUAAUAUUGAUGAACCUGAACUAACUGAUGAAGAAAUUAUUAGAGCAGUAGAGCCAAAUCCUGAGGUUGAUGAUUCUGAUAAAGAGGAAGAGGUGGAAACAAUGGUUAUUUCUGAUAAAGAGGCAUUAAAUAAUUUAGAAAAGUGA